CCUGCUCAAGAUGGUGGUGUCUUACAAGAGGAUGGCCCUGUUUCUGGAGCCGCUCACUGACACGUUGGAGCUGGCCCGCUACCUACUGGGGUGGAGGAUGCCUCUGUGCUCACUACUGGUCUGUGUACUGCUCAACAUCCUCUUCCUCACUCUGAGUGAAGUGGGGUGGUUCUCUGUGUGUGUUCUGGGGGUGUCUGCCCCGGCUGCCCUGGGUUACCUGCAGGACAGGUGUGGGGGCGGGGCGUCGGAGGCGGAGCAACAGAAGAGGCGGUGCCACGCGGUGCAUCGUAAGGACCUCCAGAACGUUCAGCUCACCAGACAGGACGCCAUGCUGGAAGUCAAGGACCUGUUAAAGCAGCUAGAUGACCUGUUGUCUCAUGCCUGCCUGUCUGCUGAGUCCGUCUACAAGCUCCUAUACUGGGAGAGCCACUCUGAGUCCUCUAGGUUCUACGGUGGCCUGUUAGUUGUAUUGAUGCUGCUGUAUUCUGUCCCUGUGGGCUGGGUGCUGGCCUGUCUCACUACUGCACUCUUCCUGUGGAACCGAGACUUCUGCAGGGUUGUGUUGGACCUAAGGGAGGUGGUCCAGUCUGGCCAGAACCCAUCCUCAGAAGGAGAGAUGGACCUCACAGAACCGGACCACAGCAGCCUGGACCGGACUCCCACUGCUACCAGCUUAGAGGACCUGUCCCCGGGCAGCGUAGAGGAGGCUGAGGAGGCAGAGCCUGAUGAUGAGUUCAAAGAUGCCAUCGAGUUGACUCAGGAGCCCCCUAUCUCCCUGCAGGACUAUCUCAGACAGUUCAGUGUUACACGGCGUCAUGACCGAGGUCAAAGACCUGAGACUCCCUUGGCUUUAGUGGAGGAUGAUGACAUAAGUUCAGAUUUGGACACCAUCUCCAUCACCUCAGACAACGGUCUGCUGAGCCGCAACGAGCCAAUCCGCAGUAAGGUGUCCAAACUGACGGAGAAGCUACGCAAACGCUACCCCACCAACAACACAGGUAACUGUUCCAGCUGCAGUGCAGUCUUCUCAGUGGUGAAGAGAAGGCGGAGCUGUAGUAACUGUGGCAACAGCUUCUGCUCCAGAUGCUGCUCCUACAAGGUCCUCAAGGCCUGCAUGGGUGUCACAGCUCCCUCUGCCUCCCCUUUCUCAUCUCCAGAUGCCCAGAGAGAGACAGUGUUUGUUUGUGCUGUCUGCAACUCCACCCUCAGCAAGUGAGAAAUGACUACCACCUCCUACCCACUCAUGGAGACCUAGGGAGAGUACUGCCCCUCCUACCCAGGGUUCGAAGCUCCUUGGCUGGGUAGAGCCCGCGGCAGAUCAACCUCUACCCCGCCUGGGGGUGGUUCAAAACCCCAGGUUGUCUGGUUCUCUGGCUCCAGCCCAGGUGACCAGGGUUAUUAAGAUGAACCAGUCCCAAAUGGCAACCUAUUCCCUAUAAAUGAUUCCCUAUAAAUUACACUGCUUUUGCCCAGAGCCCUAUGGUGUUCCCUAUGGGCCCUGGUCUACAGUAGUGGACUAUAUAGGGAAUAGGGUGUCAUUUGGGACACUACCACAGACUCCCAUCAGCUUGUGUUGCAUUGAGAUUUAUCCUGUACUGUCAUUCUGCCAUGGAGGUCCUGAGAAUGUGUGAGUGUGUGUGUGUGUGUGUGUGUGUGUGUGUGUGUGUGUGUGUGUGUGUGUGUGUGUGUGUGUGUGUGUGUGUGUGUGUUGGAUUGUAUUGUAUAGGAUAUGCUAUAGAUUGACCCUGUUAUAACUUAUCCAUUCUGUAAUGGUUUUAUAUGUUGGUCCUAAUGUUAAUUUAAUGGAUGUAAAGACAGGAUGCUAAAGACUAUACCUCAGUCCUAAAUGGCAUUCCCUAAUCCCCAUGGGGCAUAACCUAACCCCAUGGAGUGAUUUCCAGAGGUGAUCCCAGAGCUGUGUUCAAAUACUCAUAUUAGCUGUACUAUUUGUGAUGUAACAUUGAGUAUGUAGUUAAGUACUUAUUGGAUAUAGUAUGCCAAACGUUCCUGGAUGUCAUACUAAAUUCACCUAAAUAUGAAGUAUACAAGCAGUGGACACUAUUUCUGUGCUUUUAGGGACCAUAAUGCAAUUCUUCAGAAAAUGGGCGUGGCUUCACCAACGUUCUCAGAUUUGAGGAAAAUGGCCGACGAGAGCAGAUAGAAACGAAUUGCUUUAAGAAAAUGUUGAGCAAUGUAAUAAAGUAAUGACUUUUCAAACAA